AUGAUGCGCCUCCUAUGUUCGUUCUUCGUCCUUGGCUCGGCCGCCGCCGCCGACUGGAACUACUGCCAGGAGCUGUGUGAGGAGACUCCUGGUUGCAAGAACUAUGGUUGGGGAUCCUAUUGCAAGGGUAACGGCGUAUGCUUCGGUCUGCUUGAUAUGGGUGACGGUGACUAUUGCUUUGAGCCAACUGAUGGUUUCAACGGUGGCUACUGCAGUGACAAGGUUUACAGCCCGGUCUCUUGCCCGGUGGUUGAUAAGACCUGUGAGGAUCUUUGUGCCGAGACCCCUAAGUGCAAGAACUCUAAGUGGGGAUCAUACUGUAAGAAGUAUGUCGAUCAACCCGGUCCCUAUGUGUGCUUCGGAUUGUAUAAUUCCGAUAAGCCUCAUCUAUGCUAUGAACCUUCUGAGGGUGACAAGUGUGAUGAAUCCUCGCCAGUCUAUUGCCCCUCAGAAAUGGAUUAA